UACGAAUAUUCUUUGGACGCUUCGCGUUGCGUACGUCUCUCUCCUUUGCCGAAUAACACCGCAGAUGUACUAUCGACUGCGGAAGGAGUUCUAAGCAUAGCUCCAAUUGCGAAUAUGCUUAUCGCACCUGAGCUGAAGUUUGGAAACUACGGUCGGUUACUUGCAAGCAAUGGGCAGAUGCUGGACAUCUAUCGGGCGGUGGACAGCAAGACCAGCGAUGUUGUAGAGGCUCAUUUUGAUGGCGCUCAGCUGGAAAGCUAUGCCAUAUACAAGGCAGGACUUUUUUCAAAAUUGUUCUCUCCAUCGUUAUUAACUGUCGUUAUUAACUGUCUAAACCUUUUCCAGCUUGUCAAUCAAGUCCCUGUGCUUUCGUCAUUUAUGCGAUUCAUUCAUGGUCCAACUGACAUCGUACCCACAUACAGUGAACGAAUUCGUAGCUGUUUCACACAGUCUGCUCCUUCUUUUGAUGAAAACAACACGUUUAUUUUUGAUGUGAAAUCAAAAACUGUGAAAGACGUGCACAGCGUAGGGGUAGAGACCGUUUCUCUUGCACUUGGAAAUGCUUUAGCUCAAGUUGCACCCAUCAAUCCAUAUAGAAUUCGCGUUUUCUAUGAUACAAACGCUGCAAAAACGUUGAGGGUCUUCUUCUCCAUCGACGAAAAAAGCAAUGUGGUUCCCAGUGCUGUGCAAAAAUACAAUUACACAGUAAACUGCGCCGAAUAA